GUGCUGCAGUGAUAACAGCUUGUUUGUCCUCUCUGCUGGUGUUGGUCCCUGCAGGCUGGAAGGGGAACCUGUGUGAGCGCUCCCUGUCCUCCUGCACCUCCCUCCUCACCCUGCUCCCCUGCGCAGCGCUGGCUGUUUACUACCUGCUGCUGCAGACCUUCGUCCUGCGCCUGGAGUUCCUCCUGGGCUGCGUCCUGCUCUGCUUCUACGGCCUGGAGCUCCUGCUGGGAGUUACCUCUGUGCUGGCCUUCUCCAG